ACAGUCAAACCUCUCAAGGACUGCCAUGGCAUGCUCCAUUCCUAGACACUUCACACAGAAAGUGUACACUACUCCCCGUGAUGAAACGGGAGCAAGACAUAACACACUUCCUGAAUUCUAUCACUCAUAUUGUUUUCUCCCGCUCAUUUUUUCUUCUCUUUUUUUAAAGGGAUAGAAAAGUAAAGAGAUUUUAAGAAAAGAUAGAGAGGAAAUGCAUCUUUUUGUUUCUUUACACAAAUAACCGACAUGUAGUCUCGCUGAAGAUAAUAAGGCUGAUAGCGCCUUUCACAGGUGCCAAAUAUAUAUAUAUCACGUGACUCGCUUAAUUACCACGUCACCUGAUCACAGCAGGCCUAUAAAUAGGCAUGAUUUUACACAAGCUUCAGAUGCCGGUCAUGCGCAAUGGUGCUCCCAUAGUGUUAUGCUAAACGCAACAUGGAGUUCCCUUUGAAAGGGAACGGUGGAUUUCAUAAAGAGCAACAACUUUAAGGUGUGCUUUUUUAGCUCGAAGAUGCCAUCUAUCGAUAAGAAUAUAUAACUGAGGUCUACAUCCUUCCAACUCCUGUAAGAAACAUGCAAAUAAAUGUAUUUUCCUCCAAUCUGUCUGUAAAUUAAAAUUAAAAAGUCGUCAAUUCAUUAUGUUCUAAUACAUAUGUUAAUACUGUAUUAUACACACAUAUACACAUUUUAACUAAUAUACCAAAUUAUGUGUACUGUUGGUAAUUUAAAAGUGUUUCAGAAACCAACUAUUACUGAGAACACCAGAGAAGCUUUUGUUAACAUUAAAUGUGCAUAAACGGUCAGGGCCGGUUUUUAUCGAUGAAUGAGGGAACCGGAUCAACCGGUAACAUUCAUAUGUCUUGCUUAAUGUCAAAACGUGUUAUGAGGUGAAGUUAAAGACUGUGUGCGUUUGUCAAUGUGUUUACAACUUGAGCUGAAAUGGACUUCGCGACUCGUGCCGCCAAACUUGAGGAUUGUAAGGACAUCAUGCGCAUGAUGUCAGAACUGACAGAGUAUGAGAAAAUUACAGAUCAGGUCACAAUUACACAAAAAGACAUAGAGCAGGAUGGAUUCUCUCAAAACCCAUUUUUCCAUGCAAUAAUCGCUGAGGUUCCAGAACAGCACAAGACCAAAGAUGGUCAUACAAAAAUAGGGUAUUCUGUGUACUCCUUCACUUAUAGCACAUGGAAAGGCCGAGAUGUAUACAUGGUGGACUUGUAUGUGAUGCCAGAGUUCAGAGGAAAGGGUAUUGGCAAGGCAUUGAUGAGCAAAGUUGCACAGCUAGGACAAGCCGCUGGCUGCACUAACCUCAGUUUUACUGUGGUGAACUGGAACAAGACAGCGCUGGACUUUUACCGGAAGCAGGGCUGUGUGGAUUUGACCUCUGACCUGGGUUACCAUUGCAUGAGCUGCAAUGGGGAUGUCUUUCAAAGGAUGGCUAAUAGAGAUUGCUAAAUUUCAGGUUCAUUUCCGAUUCCUUCCUUCCAUCCCUAACUAAAAUCCAGUUGAGUGAGCUAGAAUUUAUUGCUCCCACAUUGAUGGAAGCAAAAUACUUGUAUUGAUAUGAAACUUGACUUUGUGUGUUUUAACAGUGCCAGUGGGGCUUGGAUUUGGUCACAUUAAUCAUGGUGGUAAAGCUGAAGGAAAAGCGGUAAUGGAGUAGGUUUGACAGGCAGUAAUGCCAUAGCAGGUCAAAAUCUACCUGUGCAAUCAAUGUUAUGUGUGUAGACACUUCCUGUUUUAAUUCUGGAAUAUCUGUUGAUCAGGGGAUGCUAAAACAGUUUUAGAUUAACCAUAGGAUAGUUUUACAUGCUAAAAUGCUGACUCAAAUUGUGUUAUUUGUUUAUAGUAAAUUAUCACAUGUAAUAAAUAAAUAAAUCAUUAUUUGACAUCCAAAUGAGAUAACUGUGGCAGUCUGCUAAAACCCUACACAUGGUCAAAUUUGGACAUUUUCCUGAAGUAAAUGAUAUUUCUGUUUUGGAUUUAUCUCAAUCAGAAAUAAAGUUAUAGCAUUUGAA